UUCUGAGCAGUGCAUGGUAGAGUAUUGGAGCUCCACCACGAUUUAAAGGUGAGAAGCGGGAUUUUCAUUUUCAGCUGACAAUCAGCCAGCAUGGGUCGCCGCUCCACUGACAGCGAGGACGACAGCCGUAGCAAGAGGAAGAGAAAACAGCGUCGCCGUUCAUCCUCCUCUUCCUCUUCUUCCUCCUCAUCCUCCGGCAGCAGAGUGACCAGCAGCCGGAGUCGGAGGUCCAGUCGUCGGAGCCGAUCUCGCUCCAGAGACAGGGACAGGAGGAGAAGACGGCGUUCCAGCAGCAGUUCGUCCCGCAGUUCGUCUCGCAAGAGGAGGAGUCGCAGUGCAGUGAGAGACAAAGGGAGGAGCCACCGCUCUUACAGGUCACGCAGCCGAGACCGGAGGUCUCAUUCUCGCCACCGCCGAUCUCGCAGUAGAAGUGGAAGCCGCAGCCGGCGAGGAAGCCACAGCCGCAAAAGGAGCCGCAGCCACAGUCACCGAAGGAGCCGCAGCCACAGCAGAGAGCGGGACCGGAGCCGGCGUAAGGGCCGUGACCGGGAGCGGGAGAAAGAGGAGAGGGACAGAGGAAGAGAUAGAGACAAGGACAGAGAGAAGGACAAGAGUAAAGACAAGGCAGACAAAAAGGGGGACACCGGGAACAUCAAAGGCAGAUUAGAACAUCUGACUCCAGCAGAGCAGGCUAAAGUUCGAAUGCAUAUGGUCCUGCAGGCUGCAGCAAAGACAGAUGAGGUGCUUAAGGCCAAAGUAGCCAAGAGAGAGGAGGAGGCCCGGAAGAAAUUAGAGGAAGAGGGAACUUCUCUGGAGGAGCAAGUGCGAAGGAUAAAGGACAUUGAGGCCAUCGAGAGUGAUUCCUUUGUUCCUCAGGCUUUCAAAUCAUCCAGGGAUGAUAUCAAGACUGAGCCAGCAGAAGUGGAGCAGGAGUCAGAGAGGGCAGAUUCUCAGGACGUCACUCUGCCCAUGUCCAUAGUCUAUAAUGACAGCGACACUCUUGCUCAUCCCAGUUUAUUCAUGGACAAGGAGAAGGCAGAGGAACUGUGGCUCAACAGAUUGGUCUCGCUGCGGCAGGAGAGGCUCAUGGGAAGUCCUGUGACCUGAAAGACACUAGAAACCCAGAAGAUCCUUUGCGUUUCCUGGACAGUUUCAGUACAGAUCUACACCUCAUUCAUUCAGUCUAGUUUGCUUUUAUCAUGUCUCAAUCCCUGUCACAUUCUGUCACUUCAUAGUGUUUCUUACAUCAUCCUACCACUAAUUUCUCUUACCGGUUGUAAAAACGGGUAACUAAGAGCAGAGCUUGAGCAAAUGAACAGGUUUUGGUCCUGAUGUGCUUAUUAUUUUAUUGAUGUUGAUGUAAUUCAGUUAAUAAAACUGCUGUUCUUGUUUGGCUUCAUUUAUUUUUAAUGGAGAUCUUACAGUCAGAUGAAAUGUUUUACUUUGUAGAUAUAGCUUUUGAUAGAUUUUCUUUGUCUUUUGUAAUCAGCUCAAUAAAUAAAGACUGCUGUGUUUUUUUGAGUGAAAA